CUCUCUGCUUGUUGUAGCGUCGUCGUCUUCCUCCGCACCCGUUCUUCCGCUCCGCGCUGCCUCUGCUGCUCGAGGGAAACUAGGAGUCGUAGGAGGCGUUUUUCUCCGGUGACAGCCCUGCCGGCCGUUCUCUGAAACCUUUCUCCAGUGUCGGUUGUGUCUGGAGGACGGAGAGAGUGUGUUGUCUGUGUUUUAAAUGCCGUGGGAACGGCGAAGGGAGACGACAGUGCUGGUAGUCCUGACUGUUCAGCAGGAUGAGUGAGGCAGAGGGUCAGUUCUACAGCGUUCAGGUGGGCGACUCCACCUUCACUGUACUCAAGCGCUACCAGCAGCUCCGCGCAAUUGGUUCCGGGGCCCAGGGCAUCGUCUGCUCUGCAAUAGAUACAGUGCUUGGUAUACCUGUAGCUGUGAAAAAGCUGUGUCGGCCCUUCCAGAACCAGACCCAUGCGAAGCGCGCCUACAGGGAGCUGGUGCUGCUGAAAUGCGUCAACCACAAAAAUAUCAUCCGUCUGAUCAAUGUGUUCACGCCUCAGAAGUCCCUGGAGGAAUUCCAGGAUCUGUACCUGGUGAUGGAGCUAAUGGAUGCCAGCCUAUGCCAGGUGAUCCACAUGGACUUGGACCAUGAGAGGAUGUCCUACCUGCUCUACCAGAUUCUCUGUGGCAUCAGACACUUACACUCUGUUGGCAUCAUUCAUAGGGACCUUAAGCCCAGUAACAUUGUGGUGAAGUCCGAUUGCACUUUGAAGAUCUUGGAUUUUGGCCUGGCACGAACAGCUUGCACUAACUUCAUGAUGACACCUUACGUGGUGACCAGAUACUACCGUGCUCCCGAAGUCAUUCUGGGCAUGAAGUAUAAGGAGAACGUGGACAUCUGGUCAGUGGGGUGUAUCAUGGGAGAGAUGGUUAAGGGCAGCGUGAUCUUCCAGGGCACCGACCACAUUGACCAGUGGAAUAAGGUCAUUGAGGUUCUGGGCACACCCAGUCUGGACUUUAUGAACAGACUGAUGGAGACUGUGAGGAACUAUGUGAUGAACAAGCCACAAUAUCCAGGCGUCAGCUUUGCCGAGCUUUUCCCCGAUUGGGCAUUCCCCUCUGACUCGGAGCACGACAAACUGAAGACUUGUCAAGCACGGGACUUGCUGUCCAAAAUGCUGGUUAUUGAUCCCGAGUGCCGGAUCUCAGUAGAGGAGGCCCUCAACCACCCCUACAUCCACGUGUGGUAUGACCCUGCAGAGGCAGAUGCGCCUCCACCCCAGAUUUCAGAUAAGCAGCUGGAAGAGAGAGAGCACACCAUUGAGCAGUGGAAAGAACUAAUUUAUGAAGAGGUGAUAGACUGGGAAGAGAGGAACAAGAAUGGCUUAAUGAAAGAAGAUUGUUCUGACGUGGUGUCAGGCUCAGCGUCCCAGUCCUCCUCGGCUAACGACAUCUCGUCCAUGUCCACGGAGCACACCUUGGCCUCAGACACAGACAGCAGCAGCAUCGACACACUGACGGGACCACUGGACGAGAGUCAGUGAACACAAUCCUUUGCCACAUCUGCCUGUCUGCCUGCCUCAGUCCACCUCCCAUUUACAAUGUCCAAAUAUCAAUCAUUUACUGCCUUCCUUUAUUCUGUUUACUUCUUCCCUUCCUGUAUUAUUCCCCCCCUCAGUAUGUUUCUUCUUUCCUCUUUAACCUCAAUGAAAAGGUCUAUUUUUCUAUUUUCUUUCCCUGUAUGCUCUAAUGGAACGCUCCAAUUGGACUGCUGGUGAGAGGUCAAGGCUAUCUAUACUAUUCGUGGGUCAAAGUUUCCUUCCCUUUGUGGAUAUUGUUGUACUGGUGUAUGCACCCAUACUGAAUUUCAGGUCACCAGGAGAAAGUGGAGGAUUAUUGUUUGUUUUGUAUGCCUGUAUUUCAAUAGUUUUAUUUUUUUAGCAAAUAUUAAGUUGAGACCAGGGGUUGUCCUCAUCAAUUUAGUGCAGACACUUCGUGGACA